ACUAGCCAAUCAUAACCGGCGUGUAGGCGUGGCUUGACGCAACACAGGUGGGAAAAACAGAAAGCGAGGAGGCGGUAACUUCAUAUGGCUGCAGUGGAGAGCAUCUGGAAGGGUUUAGCUCUUUUGUUGCUGGUGACUUUGAGAAGUAUUCCUGAGUUUAACUGCAACUUCGAAAUGUCUUUUAUAAAAGUGGACGAAAGUUCAGACUUUUCCUACCACAACCUGCCCUACGGAGUGUUCUCAACCCGCGACAAUCCUCGGCACAGGAUCGGCGUUGCUAUUGGAGACCAGAUUUUGGACCUCAGUGUUAUUAAGCACCUUUUCAAUGGACCUGUGCUUGGGCAGCACCAGGAUGUGUUUGACCAGCCUACGCUUAACGCUUUCAUGGGCCUGGGCUACGAUGCCUGGAGGGAAGCCAGGAAAUACGUGCAGAUGCUGCUGGCCGCAAACGAGUCCACCCUGCGCGAUGAUGCAAACUUGAGGAGCAGAGCUUUUGUGGAUCAGAGUUCUGCAGUGAUGCACCUACCAGCUGAGAUAGGAGACUACACAGACUUCUACUCCUCCAGAGAUCAUGCCACUAAUGUCGGGAUCAUGUUCCGCGGCAAAGAGAAUGCCCUGAUGCCCAACUGGUUGAGGCUUCCGGUGGGCUAUCACGGCCGAGCUUCUUCUGUGAUAGUGUCAGGAACACCUAUCAGAAGACCCCAGGGUCAAAUGAGGCCAGACCCAGCCAAGCCGCCAGUGUUCGGGGCCAGCAAGCAGCUGGACAUUGAGCUGGAAAUGGCAUUCUUCGUGGGUGCUGGAAACAAGCUGGGAGAGCCAAUCCCCAUAGAGAAAGCUCACGAGCACAUCUUCGGCAUGGUCCUGAUGAACGACUGGAGCGCCCGGGAUAUCCAAGCUUGGGAGUAUGUGCCAUUAGGCCCAUUUUUAGGGAAGAAUUUCGGGACCACCAUCUCGCCCUGGGUCGUGCCAAUGGAGGCUUUGAUGCCCUUCAUGGAGCCAAAUGCAGUUCAGGACCCAGAGCCACUUCCAUAUCUUCAACACCAAGACCCGUACACCUUCAACAUCAACCUCUUUGUCUCCAUCAAAGGGGAAGGAAUGAGAGAGGCAGCCACCAUUUGCAAGUCCAACUUUAAGUAUAUGUACUGGACAAUGAAGCAGCAGCUGGCCCAUCACACGGUGAACGGCUGCAACGUCCGGCCGGGAGAUCUACUCGCAUCUGGAACCAUCAGUGGACCGGAUCCAGAAAGUUUUGGCUCCAUGUUGGAGCUCUCAUGGAGAGGCUCGAAGGUGAUUGAUCUGGGCAGAGGAGAGAGCAGGACCUUCCUGAAGGAUGGAGAUGAGGUCACUAUUACAGGUUAUUGUGAAGGCCGGGGUUACCGUGUUGGUUUUGGUCAGUGCCAGGGGAAAAUCAUUCCUGCCCUGCAGCAGUGACCGACCUACCUCUCUCUCUCUCUCUCUCUCUCCAUCCCUCCAUCCAUCACACAACCUGCUGGGCUCUUCACUCACGAAAUAGUGCCUUAUCAGUCAUGUUGAAAUAUUCAUGACCUUUUAAAACCUCUCGUCGUGGAGGCCAAACGCUCUCGGCGGGAAUGAAGCCGAGACCAUUUUUAUUAAAGUCACUGCUGCGUCACUUCGUUACACAACGUCACAACUCGUUUCUCAGUGCAGUGUGUUUCCUACGACAGUAUUAUAAUGUUUAUAUGGGUGUUUGUUACCCAGAGCCUGUAAUAAAAGUUACUGAUUUCUUUAAACUUUGUUAUUCACUUAUUAGUUAACGGCUCUGUUUUUUUGACUGCAAAAAAGACUAACACUGGUUUUAAACAUAAAGGGCCCAUAUCCCUCAA